CGUAGCGAGUGUGUUGCGAUUCUAUAGCUGUGGAUGAAACAAAAUUAACGAUAUGAAAAGUGAGUUAUUUGUGCAUUAAAUGUCCGAAAAGGUCGAAAACGAUGUUUAUGGCGUUAUAAGUAUCAUUUGAUACCGUAUUAAGAUGCAAGAGGUUUAUGAAUAAGUUAACCUUGAUGUAGCAAUGGCAAGUUCUAAGUUAAAUGAAGAGAAAUUGGAGAAGAAAUUUCAACUUGUCACAAAUUCUCAAGAUAGUAUCCAAACAUUGUCCUUAUGGAUAUUAUAUCACAAGUCACAGCACAAGAAAAUCGUUGACAUAUGGCUUAAAACAUUAAAGAAAUCAAAAGUUUCACACAGAUUAGUUUUAUUAUACGUGGCAAAUGACGUCAUUCAGACAUGCAAAAAGAAAUCCGCUCCGCAAUUUGCAGAAACUUUUGCAGAAAUACUAGCUGAAGCUACGUUAUUAAUCAGAGAUGAGAAGAUUCGGCCGAUGGUCGAACGUGUUUUUAACGUCUGGGAUCAGAGGAGUGUUUACAGUUCGGAGUUCAUUGACGAGCUGCGUGGAAUUUUAUCUAAUCCUAAAGUUCAAUCUGUAUCUCACAAAUUUGUCGCUGAGUUCAAGCCUCAAAAAGUAAUGGAAAAGAUAAGGAAAAUUAAGAAAAUAGAACUGGAAAGUGUUACCAAAUUAUCUGCCUGCAGCUCAUCUAAACUCGACUGUUCUUCAUCUGAUAUAAUUUACCAACUAAAAGAUAGGACGCAUGGGCAGCAAAUUGUUCACGAAUUUGAUGAAGCUGUUCGUUGUCUCCAAGAAUAUAUUCAAAUUGUAGAAAAAGAACUUUACGAAAGAACACAAUUGAUUGAACUUUUGGAGAAAGGAGAAACAUUUUAUAAUGCGCAGAAUGGUGAAGUGAAAGUAGUUGCAAAUGCCUACAGAACAUUUAGUGGCCGAGUAAAGAAUCAGAAGAAGAAAUUAGAUGAAUUAAUUUCAACAAUACCUAGCCCUGUUCCAUCACCCUGUCCGGAUGCACCCUCGCCUACUAACAGUGAUGAAGGACCAUUACUGUCUCCCUUGCUUGAAAGUAAAUCCAAGUUUGAAGAUGAAGAACCUCCAGAAGAAAAACCAGUGAAAGUUCCCAUUCAAGAAACUAAAUCUCCUAAACAACCACCAAUCGAAAUCGUUCUGCCGCAGAAUAAGCAGUUGCAGUUGCCAAAACAAACCAUGACACCACCACUUGUGGCAAAGCAGUCUCCUCGACCAGGUGGUCUAGAAGAAUCUGCAUCAGGAAUGACAUCUUGGAUUGGAACAUUCAAUACUAAUAAUCCGACAUUUACCAAAACCUUCAGUUUGGAUCCCAGAAUAUCACAAAACAGUAGUCUCGAGACUCGUCUUUCAAGUCUUAUGGAAAACAUUCCUAAUCUACCAACAAUAUUUAAGAGUUCGGUAUUCGAAAAUCAGACCCCGAGCACUGGAAGCACUCCCGUUCGUGUGGACCUUUCCAAUAUUAAUUCACCGGCUAGGCAGAUGCCGUCUUAUCGUGAAAAUCAAUCUGAUAUUGGGGAACUGGGCACACCCGUCAACGAUGAGAACCGAAGGGAUGCAACUCCGGUUGAGGAUGAGGAUACGAGAUUUUCUGGUAGUAAUGCCUUACCUCAGGUAGUUUCGGUAGUUUCUAGUCUUACGAGUGAUGAUUUGCAUCAGAGUCUUUUGAAAAGUUUGACUCAUCUUCAGCAAAUAUCGGCAGUGAAUCCGCCGACAAGUAAUAUUCCUCCAAUGAUUUCUGAAUCAUACAGUAUGGGAAUGUCAAAUGCUCGGCCAAAUAUGGGUGGCGGUUAUCCACAAACUCUCCCGCCAAUGCAUAAAAAUUCACCCCCUAAUUCUCCAUUAUACAUGAAGUCGAUGCCAAACAAACAGCUGUUUAGUACUACUGACAGAAAUAAUUCAUCCAAUAUUUACACUUCUAAAAAUAUGCCUUUUCCAACACACCCUAUGCAACAACCAAAAAUUGCCUCCACUCCUUUAUUUAACAAAACUGAAUCUGUGACUGGUAUAUUCAGCAAAGCAGAGUCGACACCUAGUAUUUUUAGUAAAACAGAUUCAGGAUCAAUGAUCUUCAGCAAAGCAGAACCCACAACAGUAUCCUACAAUAAAACAGAUCCUGCACCGAUAUCAUACAAAACAGAACCGUCACCAAUGAUGUUUAGUAAAUCAGAGUCGGCACCACUCAUGUAUAAUAAAACUGAUUCAACCUCUGUUAUGUUCAGUAAAUCAGAAUCGACACCAUCUAGUUAUCCAUUUGCAUCUGGAGAUACAGACGAAAGAUAUAUGCAUGCUUCGCCUAAAGUGGAUCACGACAGAUAUUUACACACUUCACCUAAACAGGAGCAAAAUGUUUCACAGUCAGAUUUCAAUGCUGAAGAAGAAAAUUUGGAACCGAUGGAUAUGGAUAUUGGUGAAUCAGAUGAAGAAGAUAAUUCGGUUCCUACCAUUCAAGAAUCUUUACCUCAGACUAAUGUCGAUAUUGAUUUAAGAGUCCCGCCUCCGAGUCAAAUAAUGUCUAGUUCAUCCACAUCUUGGUCGAGUAAUAUUCAUACAAAUGUCAGUAAUAUCACAACCAUACCGAUUUCUUCAAAUUCCUCUAAAAGUGAUCAUGAUAUUUCCUCGAAAUCCAAUUCUCAACCGGUUGAAUCUCUUCCUUCACAGUGUGCACCAAUUCAAAGUAUAAAAAGUUUGGCCGACAAGCCUGUAGGAAGUUAUGAUAUAUUUGAGAAAAAUAUUUCUGACGUGCCUCCUAUAGAGACAAAAAGUUAUAAUGAUGAAGACAUGAGACAGGAUAAUAGAAACUUUCCAGAUCGAAUCCAAAAUGACGAGAAUAAAGUUUCUAUAUCUCAGGCUCAACCUGUUAAUAAAACUGAAGUGAAUUACUUUUCAGAAGAUUAUGAUGAUAGACAGACUAAUGUUGAAAACAAUGCAGCACAACCUAAAGUCGAUGUACCAUUAGAUGGUAACAGAAUACAAACUGUUCAGUCAGUUCGAGUCGAUAACAGUGAAUGGGAUUGGAAUAAAGAACUCUGGGAACAGAGGCCAUCUCCUCCCACUUCGAACAGACGAAGAGGACAAUCAUUUUACGACCGGAGAUUUCCCUCUCCCAGUUAUCAGCAAAGAUUUCCGCAAGAUCCGUAUCAUCCAUCAUACCAUCCUAGAAAUCAGUGGAACUCUCACGAUUCUGACUAUCGUCGUCACUACAAUCCUCCACCUUUCAAUCCUCGUUUUCCACCACCAAUUGCUGGCAUGAGAGGAAACUUUCCACCACGAUAUCCAAUGUGAAUCAUCACUGUGUUUGUCUGCAUCAUCACCGUUCUCGUAACAUUGCAUUGAUCGGUAAUGCACAUCCGGUUAACUCUUUACAUAGAACGUGCUACAUAAAAUGAUCAACUUUAUCAAAUAUUUUAGCAUAUACAAAUGUGAAAAAUUACGGAUGACCAUCUUGCAUCAUACGGUUAGCAUCGUGCAAAAUCGAACAACAUUUGUAUCAGUAAUUUUAGGAUCCGAAUCAGACCUACCGGUAAGUAGCGUGCCAUCAUUUUAACAUUAGGUCAAGACAAAGGAAAACGAAUUUAAAACACUGGAUGGCAUCUUUUAUUGCAUGAAUGAACUUUGUUUUAUUUUUUCGUUACUGCAGCUGAGAAUUACAUGGAUCCAAAAUUAUUUUGACGGCUUUUAUUUCAUCACAAAAUCAAAUGAAUGGAUUUAGUGGAGAUUGUCAUGAUACCAGAAUGAACUAUCACACAAUUUAUCCAUUUCCAUUGUUUAGUAAUGCUAGUAUUGUAUUUUGAAUUGUGAGAUAUUUACAUAUUAAAAAAUAAAUCUGUACAUCAGAAAUACAAA